AUGUCGCCCAUCCACAAGCCCGUUUUGUCGCCUGGCUCCCGCGUCCUUGUGACCGGCGUCAGUGGCUUUCUUGGCAGCCAUGUUGCUGACCAGCUACUCGCCGGAGGCUAUCUUGUCACCGGAACGACUCGAGAUGCGGCCAAAAACGCCUGGGUCCAGCGUCUGUUCGACGGUAAACACGGCGAGGGAAGGUUCAGACUCAUCGAGGUCCCUGACAUUACCCACCAAGGCGCUUUUGACAAACUGCUCGAUGACAUCACCAUGAACCCUGACCCCAACCAAGUCAUCACUCCCAUGGUCGCAGGGACGCUCAACCUGCUGAAUGCGGCGGCAAAGCAGCCCGCCGUCAAGCGCUUCGUUCUCACGUCGUCGUGCACCUCAGCUGCCAGCCAGAAGCCCGGCGUUGGGCUCACCAUCGACGAGAAGACGUGGAAUGACGACGUGACCCGCGAAGCCUGGGCGCCCCCGCCCUAUGCGGCUGAGCGCGGAUUUGCCGUCUAUUCGGCGAGCAAGAUGGAGAUGGAGAGAGAGUCUUGGAAGUGGCAUGAGGAGCACAAGCCGCACUUUGUCCUCAACACAGGUCAGACACGUCUGGUCAAAUCAUUAGACUUCUUUGUCGACGUCCAAGAUAACGCCCGCCUCCAUGUUGCGGCUCUCAUCCAUCCGGACGUCCAGGGUGAGCGCAUAUUCGCCUACGCCAGUCCGUUCACCUGGCGCGGUAUCCAGCGUAUCAUGCAGAAGCUGUACCCCGGCAAGACCUUUCCAAGGGAUCUCGAUGAGGCCGAGCUCGAUAAGAGCGACAUUGUUCGGGCUCCGCGAACCGAGGCGCUGCUCAGAGAUAUGGGCAGGCCCGGCUGGACUAGCUUGGAAGAGACCGUGAGGCUGAAUAUUGAGGAUCUCGCUUAG